UCCACAUGUAAGUGAUAUCAUAUGAUGUUUGUCUUUCACUAACUGAAUUUAGUAUGAUAGUUUCUAGGUUCAGAAUGCAUGGCCUUUUCAAGUAGUGUUUAAGUAACGUAUUUCUUCUAACAUUCAACCUCUCCAAUUGAGAGUUCACAUGCCCGCAAUAAUUACUGACUCUGUUAAAUUCUUUACCACCUUCUCUACUGAUUUCACCGUGUGACCUGUAGAAGCAUCCAAACGUGGCACUGAAUGACGUCGUUUCAAGCUAUGGUGUCUUCCCCAAAUAGUACAUUAUAGUUCGAAGUAAUUGGAGUCUUUAAAAGGACUUGAAGUCAAGGCUACACUCUUAUUUCUGGGGGAGAAGAGUUUUUUUGGAGGAGAGGGUACCUCACCUUUUAUCUAUGUACAUAAAUUUUGCCUGCCAAAAUUUUUGUGCUUUGUAUAUAUUAUCUCAUUUAAUUCCUCCAAUACCCCUAGUGAAAUUGAGAUUUUUAUCCCCAUAUUACUGAGGGGCAAACAGAUUCUCCAAGCGGUCAGGUAACUUUCCCAAGAACAUAUAGUGACAAAACACCAAGUUUGUCUGUCUCGAGAACUCAUGUUCUUAGCCAUACCACACACUUACGUACAAUUCCAGAAGGUUCUUUUUUCAGAUGGGAGAAGCAUGGUACCACGUCACAAGUGCUUAUUUAACCAUUCUAAAAAUAGCAAGUGGAUUUAUUAUUUUUCCUGGAUUCUGUAUAUUUUUCUCUCUGCUUCACCUUGAAAUAUAAUGGAUUUUGAUUAUUCCCCACCCAGUCAGUAAUUUCAAUAGUAAUGAUUCUGUUAAAUGCAAACAAAGUAAAUCCUUUUUGGGACCAUAGUGAUCCUGCCAAGAUUUUCUGUGUCUGGCUAGCAUCACUGAUGGUGACUGAUCUUACGAAGGUUAUCCACUGGAAUUCUGAGUUUCCUUUUGAGUGUAAAAGCUAUUGGCAUUAAAUGGCUGUGAGUGGCACAGUUGAGUUAAAUCUUAUUUCUGUUUGCAUUCAUUAAGUUCCCUGCCCUGUUCAGAAUGCGGACAGAUUGAAGAGCUGAAAUCAAAGUUCGGAUUCUUAGAUGGCAUGGCCCAUCUCUGAAUUAUUAUCCAACUCAGACCAUGCAUUAUUAAUGAAGUAAACAACAUUUCAUCAUGUGUUUUAAACACGUUAGGAAGAGAGGCUUUUGGUGGCCAAAAAAAAUAGCAGAAGUUUUUGGUGGUUGUAAUUUUUUUUUCCCAUUGCUCUCCUGACUCAUGUUGAAAGGCUUUUGUUUCUAAUCAAAGCAACAAACGGUAAGGUCAUUUCCUUGCGAUUAUAUGGUAGCGGAAGGCGUCGGGGUUUUUAGGUCCCUACUUCCACCGGCUUGUAUUUGGAGAACACACACACACACACACACCACAAGCACUUAAUACAUGUGUUCUUUGUCCUGUCUGUUCUCUCCAGUCCCUUUAAAUGAGCCGAGAUCAUGGUUCAGAGAUGACAGAAGGCAGGCACUGCCAGGUGCACCUCCUGGAUGACAGGAGAUUGGAGCUGCUGGUUCAGCCCAAACUUCUAUCAAGAGAGUUGCUAGACCUCGUGGCUUCGCAUUUCAACCUGAAAGAGAAAGAGUACUUUGGAAUCACGUUUACAGAUGACACAGGUCAGCAGAACUGGCUACAGUUAGACCACCGAGUUCUUGACCAUGAUUUGCCCAAGAAACCAGGCCCAACCAUUUUGUACUUUUCUGUGAGGUUUUACAUUGAGAGCAUAUCGUUUUUGAAGGAUAAGACCACCGUGGAGCUGUUUUUCCUGAAUGCGAAGUCCUGUGUACACAAGGGGCAAAUUGAAGUAGACAGCGAAACUAUCUUCAGGUUAGCGGCGCUUGUUUUACAGGAAGCCAAAGGGGAUUAUAUCAGUGAUGAAAAUGCCAGGAAAGAUUUGAAGACACUACCCGCCUUUCCAACCAAAACCCUGCAGGAGCACCCAUCCCUUGCCUACUGUGAAGACAGGGUGAUUGAACAUUAUUUGAAAAUCAAAGGUCUGACUCGCGGUCAAGCAGUGGUUCAGUAUAUGAAAGUAGUAGAAGCUCUACCAACUUAUGGAGUCCAUUAUUAUGCAGUAAAGGAUAAACAAGGGCUACCUUGGUGGCUUGGAAUCAGCUAUAAAGGAAUUGGCCAGUAUGAUUUACAAGAUAAAGUGAAACCUCGAAAAUUAUUCCAAUGGAAACAGCUGGAGAACUUAUAUUUCCGUGAGAAGAAGUUUGCUGUGGAAGUUCAUGAUCCUCGGAGGAUUUCAGUAUCUAGAAGAACUUUUGGGCAAAGUGGCCUCUUUGUGCAAACGUGGUAUGCGAACUCUUCUCUCAUCAAGUCCAUCUGGGUAAUGGCAAUUAGUCAGCAUCAGUUUUACCUGGACCGGAAGCAAAGCAAAGCAAAAAUCCCUUCAGCCAGAAGUUUAGACGACAUUGCAAUGGAUUUGACGGAGACAGGAGCACCACGGGUCUCCAAACCGGUGACACUAGAGGCAAAAAGUCAGUUCAUCAUGGCAAGCAAUGGCAGUUUAAUCUCCUCAGGUUCUCAAGACUCAGAAGUUAGUGAGGAGCAAAAGAGAGAGAAAAUCCUUGAACUCAAGAAGAAGGAAAAACUAUUGCAAGAAAAACUCCUGAAGAAAGUUGAAGAGCUUAAGAAGAUCUGUUUGCGGGAGGCUGAGCUCACAGGCAAAAUCCCCAAGGAGUAUCCACUGAAUGUAGGUGAGAAACCUCCUCAGGUCAGAAGGCGUGUGGGUACCGCGUUCAAGUUAGAUGACAACUUGCUGCCAAGUGAAGAGGACCCUGCUUUGCAAGAACUGGAGAGCAAUUUCCUAAUACAGCAAAAGCUGGUGGAAGCUGCAAAGAAACUUGCCAACGAGCCAGACCUUUGCAAAACCGUGAAGAAAAAACGAAAGCAAGAUUACACGGAUGCAGUGAAAAAGCUUCAGGAGAUUGAAAAUGCAAUAAAUGAAUACCGCAUUAGAUGUGGAAAGAAACCCAGCCAGAAAGCAACUGUUACUUUACCAGAAGACAUAAUCCCAUCAGAAAGCAGCUCCUUGUCUGACACCACCACCUAUGAUGAUUCCAAUGACACCUUCAAUCUGUCUGGGCAGCGAUCAAGUUCAGUACCUCAUUCUCCAAGAAUUCUUCCUCCCAAGUCUCUCGGUAUCGAGAGGAUCCAUUUAAGAAAGUCGUCUGUCAAUGAACAGCUUGUGGAUACCAGACAGUCCAGAGAAAUGCUGUCAACACAUAGCAGUCCAUACAAAACUCUGGAGAGGCGGCCCCAGGGAGGGCGAAGCAUGCCCACCACACCUGUUCUGACCCGAAAUGCCUACAGCAGCAGCCACUUGGAACCCGAAUCGUCAUCUCAGCACUGCCGCCAGCGGAGUGGGAGCCUGGAGUCCCAGUCUCACCUGCUCUCUGAGAUGGACCACGAUAAGCCAUUUUUCUCCCUUUCCAAAUCCCAAAGAAGCAGCAGCACAGAAAUCCUGGAUGACGGGUCUUCCUACACCAGCCAGUCAAGCACGGAGUAUUACUGUGUGACACCAGUGGCCGGGCCCUAUUACACUACCCAGACUCUGGACACUCGCUCCAGGGGCCGGAGAAGGUCCAAAAAACAGAACGUUUCGACUUCAAAUUCAGGAAGCAUGCCCAACCUAGCACAAAAGGAUAGUUUGAGGAAUGGUGUCUACUCCAAGAGUCAAGAGCAGACAUCUUCCAGUUACUACAUUGCCGGGUACACGCCGUACGCAGAGUGUGAUCUCUAUUACAGUGGUGGCUAUGUCUAUGAGAACGACAUGGAGGGACAGUACAGUGUCAACCCUUCCUACCGGUCGUCAGCCCACUAUGGGUACGACCGCCCCAGGGACUACAGCAGGUCCUUUCAUGAAGAUGAGGUCGACCGGGUACCCCACAACCCAUACGCCACUCUCCGGCUGCCAAGAAAGGCUGCUGCAAAGUCAGAGCACAUCACCAAAAACAUCCACAAGGCCUUAGUUGCAGAGCACCUGCGUGGCUGGUACCAGCGGGCCUCUGGGCAGAAGGAGCAGAGCCACAGCACACAGACUAGCUUUGACUCUGACCGGGGCUCGCAGAGAAGCCUGGGCUUUGCCGGCCUACAGGUACCCUGUUCUCCAAGCAGCCGAGCAUCUUCCUAUUCUUCAGUGUCUUCUACAAAUGCUUCUGGAAACUGGAGGACCCAGAUAACCGUAGGGCUAUCUGAAUAUGAGACCCCAGCACAUCCUUCGUACACCAGCUGCUAUGGCAACAUCUAUAAUCCUUUGUCCUCUCCAGGCAGGCAAAGCCAAAGUCUUCUGUCCGGGAGAAUGGUUGUAUCUCCAGAAAUGAGAUCAGUUUUAAAUUCUCUUUUAAGUGUAGCCAGCUGUAACAGUACACAGAGACCAGUCAACUGGACGGUACAGAUGGAAGCCGGCUGGAGGACAGCCUGGAGAGUAGUGAGCAGAGGCUCUUUUGGCACGAAGACUCAAAGCCUGGAACAUUAGUCUGAACGGCAGUUGUGCCUCUGGACCACACACAGCACUGCGUCCUCACACUAGCGUGCCUUGCAGAACGUGUUCGUCUUCCCAGAGGGCUGCUGGCUUUGGAAACCUAGAGGCAUCCACGCCGGAAGAGAGGACUCACAUGGCCCCGGAAGUGAAUCACACACUAAGCCGCACAAAACCCCUGCACGACCACCCGCCUUUCCAAGUGCAGGCGCUAACCUCACAGAGCAAGGCCGGACCGCACGUGAGCCCCGGCCAAGAAGGACUCAGCCCUUAUCGAUAGCAGGCACUUUUUAAGGGAAUAAAAGUUGUGGAAGACAGACCUCAAAACGCUGAUAAGUGCGUUCAGGGACUCCAUAAGGAAGGAAAGAAGGACGGGAGAUUUCAGAGCACAAUUCAGAAUGAUGACAGAAGGGAAACCAGAAGCUCCUUAUAGUCACUGACGUUUGAAUUGGUAAGCAGGAGAAGAAUUGCAUACUGUGUCUACCUGGACAUGAGCAGUUUAGACAGUAUUUGAAAAUUACUUGAAAAGCUGGAUUUUCAUGAAGUUCUGGAUGAGUGUAAAUGUUUCUAGUCAAUGAUCAAGACUGAUGGUUUUCAUAAGCACCAUAAAAUGGGUUCUGGAAAGACUUAUUGCUGUAGCAUCCUGUAAUAUAACAUUCUGGUAGCAGAUUGGGGAAAAUGAAGCAGCCCAUUGAAUAACUGACAAACUCUGCUUGGAGAAUUUUCUGAGGUACAAUAUCACUGAGUUCCUUUCUUUCUUUCUACGCCAAUGGCAUUAUUAUUCAGGCUGGUAACUCUCCAACUCGGCUGUCAUUGAAGUGGUAAACUUGACAUGGAGAGUUUUUAUAAUCAAGAGUUCGAAAAAGUAUUUUAGGGUGAUACAGAAAGAACCCAACACAGCAUAAAGAAAAAAGAAACACACAGACGAAAACCACAUCAUUUAGAUGAAUUGCGUGCCUUAAAAUUGUGGACAUUAGAAAAUGAAGCAUAUUGUCUGGAUUCCACAGGUAGUUCUAAGUCACCAAGUGACAAAAACAAAAUUAGUUAUAAAAAACAAAAGCAAAAAAACCUCCAAGCUGCAGUAGAUUUAAUUAUGAGGCUAAAACUACCUCAUACUUUUUCUUGGGAGAACUAAUUCGCUGUGGUUUAUUAUAGGGUGUUUUGGUUUUGUUUUUGUUUUUGUUUUAAGCAACUAUUUCCAUAUUCCAGAUACAUCUUUUUUGUCACCUUUACUCUGCUUCAGAAUUCCAUAAAAGGUGCUCCUUCCAUCUCUUUUAUACAGGUUUCUUGUUCAUAUUGUGAAUAGAGAAGUUUCUGAACAACUUUUUGGGAACAUUUUCUACAUAUAUUCCAAAGCAUGUAAUAUAUACAUAAAGAUGAUUUGUUAAACUGGUCCUUAGUCAUUUGUAUUAUUAAAAAUGAAGUUUGGGGAAAAAAUUGGAAAACCGAAAGACAUGCAAAAAAUAACUUAUUUCUUUUUGCAUAUUUGUAUAGCCUUCUAGAAACAGAAAUACCUUUUGCAUAUUCUUUUACUGUUCUGACUUUUUAAGACCUAUUAUUAUUAUUUUUUUUACAUAGGUCAAUAAAUUAAAGGUGUGCUACUGAAAAUGUUUAUGUAUCCUUCCAUUUAUGUUCAGGGUUCACAUAAAGCAGUUAAAAGUGCUCUACUUCAAGUAAUCAGGCUGGAAAAGACUAAAAUUUUAGUUAUAGUAUUACCAUAUUUUAUUGAUUCCAAGAUGCCCAUUUUUUUUUCAUUUUGCACAUUUAUAUCUCCAAAAUCAGCAUGCGUCUUUUGAUUCCUGGCAUGUUCUAUUUGAGUUGGAAGUUUUUGUUUUUUUUUUCUUUCUUGGUGAUACAUAAAAUAUUGCUGUGCCUUAGAAUAAAGUUAUUUAUCU